UCGGAAAGGUGCUAUAUACGGCAGGCACAAAGUCUCAUAAUUUUAGACAGUUCUUCACUUUACAUCUUAUUAUGUGUCCCACCUAGUACGGGGCAAAAGUACAGGCUGCGGACUUCCUGUCUCCAAUAUAUCCCUUGAAUAGCUUCUCCGGGGUGUCCCUGGGUAAUCUUUGCACCUCUGUGUGUGUGUGUGUGUGUGUGUGUGUGUGUGCUCUGUUGAAAUGUCUGUGAUGUGUGUAUGGUUUUCAUGUGAACGGAGGCAGGCAGAGCCGGGUCUGUGGGUACUAGUGUGUUCUUAAUCUUCUUGGAAGUUUGUGCAAUGACUUCCCUCCCGUUUCCUACGCAUACCUCCACGUAUGUGAAUGUGUUUUCUAUGGACCCUUGAUCUUGCCGAGACUCUCUCAGGAGGGUAGCUGAACCAUCUGCUACGUGUCUGGGAGCCCCUCUCUAGCUACCUCAUGUCCGGACAUGUGCCUACUCCUAAUGUUUGCACCCACCCGCAUUCACUACUCCCAGGCAAAAGACGUGCACUGGGGCACCUAGAGAAUAGGCAGUAGAAUAGGCUCCGCCUACAUUUUGCUUCCUCCUUGGAAUUUCCAGCCCAGUGCAGCCAACUGCUCCCCAGCUGCGAAGGGCGGAGUCCCCGGGCCCCGCCCCUUCUUGGCUCUAUAAGUAGCGCUGCCUUUCAGGGGAUCUGUACUCCUCUACACCCUCUGCACGACGCGUAAACUAUGUGCCACUCGCGCAACCAUCUCCACACCAUGACUGGCCUGAGGGCCCCUUCUCCAACUCCCUCCACCGGCCCGGAACUCCGGCGGGGCUCCGGUCCCGAGAUUUUCACCUUCGACCCUCUCCCGGAGAGGGCGGUAGUGUCCGCCGCGCGUCUGAACACUUCUCGCGCCCACCGAAAGCGCAGCCGAAGGGUGCUCUACCCUCGAGUGGUCCGGCGCCAGCUACCAACCGAGGAACCCAACAUUGCCAAGAGGGUCCUCUUUCUCCUGCUCGCCAUUAUCUUCUGUCAGAUUUUGAUGGCUGAAGAGGGUGUGUCGCAGCCCCUGGCUCCCGAGGAUGCUACCAGCACCGUAUCACCUGAGCCCAUCUCUGCGCCCAUUCCUGCGCCCAUUCCUGCGCCCCCGGUCCUCGAGCCUUUGAACCUGACCUCGGAGUCCUCGGACUAUGCUCUGGAUCUCAAAGCUUUUCUCCAGCAACACCCGGCGGCCUUCUAAAGGCGAUGGGUCACAGUCCGAAAAACAAAGAGGCACCAGGGUAUCUGGUGCGCGAGAACGUAUCCCAAACUGGGACUUCUAUAAGGCAACGCUAAACUCAGAACACUACAGCCAAGAUGCGGAUGAUCGGGGCGAGCCCGAGGCACUGUGGGUCCUGGCUAGGCCCACUGGGGACGGACAGAGACCUCGGUGUCUAAUUGAUAUUUAUGUAUUUAUGUAUAUCCUCCUAGGUGAAGGAGUGGUGUAUGUAAUAUUUAUUCUAACUUAUGCAGGGGUGCGAGAUAUGCCCCCUUGCUAUAACAGAUAUUUAUUACGAUUUAUAGGGUCGGUGAGACAGAGUUGUGGGAGGGAGGACCCGGGUGGUAGGAGUCCCAGCUUGGGGAUUAGUCUUGGUGGGGGGCAUAGGUUUAGGGGUAACACUCUGUCUUCCAGCACUUCAACUCUGUAGUCUGUUGUAAGGCUUCCGCAGACCCUUGGGAAUCCGGUCUGUGGCCUUUGAUGUCUUCCUGAUUGCUUCUUGGGACAGCUGCAGGAGUCUUGGGUCCAUGGAUUGUCAGAGGGCGGCUGUCUGGGGUCGCCUAGUAUGUUCUGUGAACACGAAUAAACUUGAUUGCCUGUCAUUAUUA